AUGUAAAUUGAUCAAGGAAGCAUUUUAUAAUAAACUUAAUCAAACUCUGAAAAGGAAUAAUCAAUAAUACAAACAUUGUUAGAGCAAUAAAAUGAGUAAGAUCAUAUUCAGAUUUAGUAAAGUAUAUAACAUCCAACAUUGAUUCAAUAGGAUGAUAUUUAAAAUCUAAAAAUUAGAUAUUCCAACUAAUCUAAACAUUUAUGGAUUAAAUUAAAUUAAACCAGAACUGAAGCUAAGAACGUUUUAUAGGAUUUAGCUUUUGCUCUUUGUGAACCGAGUAUACCAAAUAAUAGCAUUGUUCAAUUUACAUUUAAAACAGGAGAGUUUGCUGGAGUUAUCAUAGGAAUAUGUGAACAAAAGAACUUUAAUUGUUGUACUAUUAGUCCCUAAGACGCAUAUCUACUAAAUGAUAAUGGAUAAGCAAGUCUUAAUUUUGAUGAGGAUGACGAGUCUGAAUAAAUCAAAAGUGAAUUUGAAUGGGGAUGCAAUGAAAUUAUCAAUGUUCAAGUAGAUACUAAAAUAGGGAAAAUGAAAUGGAUUAAAGUGAGAACUUAAGAAUCAUAUAUAGUUGAUAUAGACCCCACAAAAUGCUAUUUUCCAUUUGUUGGUUUAAAUAUGUAAAGCAGCAUCUAGAUACUGGAUUAGACUUGA